ACUAGUGUUAGAUUACUGAAUGUGGAAAUGAAAAUAUAGAAAAGGGUAAAACUCAGAGAAAAGAAACAACAUGGAUGAUGUAUAAGAAUAUGUGAAUGUCGUACGAGGUAAAGUCAGAACAGAUAUCACAGAUUCAACGCAACGAGAAUCCAGUCAUAUAUAUAUAUGACUGUAAACAUUUGAACUGCACCAUAAAUGUCUGGACGUGUGAAUGAUAUCAUGGAUAAAGGUUCAAUAAUGGACUCAGAAGACCGAAUAGAAAGGAUUGUUGAUAUCUACGUCAGUGCAGAGGCUGUAAGAGACAUGAAACAUAAGAAAGAGACAGAAGACUUCAACACAGAAGAACCCCGAACACCUCGACACACAGAAGACUUCAACACAGAAGAACCCCGAACACCUCGACACACAGGAAGUGAUGGUGUGACGAUCUCCAGAGCAGCUGGUGUGUGUUUGGGGCUGAUGUGUGUUCUUCUGAUGACUGCAGUCAUAGUGUUGUGUUUCACCUUCACUCAAGAGAGACAACAGCUGCUGACUAAGAUCACCAACCUCACUCAAGAGAAAGACCAGACACAAACCAACAAUAUGAACCUCAUUCAAGAGAGACAACAGCUGCAGACUAAGAUCACCAACCUCACAGAAGAGAGACAACAGCUGCUGACUAAGAUCACAAACCUCACUCAAGAGAGAGACCAGCUACUAACCAACAAUAUGAGCCUCACUCAAGAGAGACAACAGUUGAAGACUAAGAUCACCAACCUCACCGAAGAGAGAGACCAGUUAAAAUCAGAAAGAAAUGAUCUUAAGUUUGCAGAUGGAUGGAAGUGUCAUCAAUCCAGUCUUUACUUAUUUUCCUCUGAGAAGAAGAGCUGGACUGAGAGCAGAAGAUACUGUAGAGAGAGAGGAACAGAUCUGAUCAUCAUCAACAACAUAGAGGAACAAGAUUUUGUGAAGAAUAUUUGUGGUUCUGAUCAUUUCUGGAUUGGUUUGACUGAUGUUGAAGAGGAGGGCAGAUGGAAAUGGGUUGAUGGCAGCACACUGACCUCUGGGUUCUGGGCGUCUGGAGAGCCAAACAAUCAGGGAACAGAGGAAGACUGUGCUAACACUCGUUCAUCAGGAUGGUUUGAUACUAAAUGUGAUAGUAGUGUUAAAUGGAUCUGUGAGAAGAGUAUCCUUAAAUAAAUGAUACAUUAUAAUAAAAAUGUACAUAUAUGCAUCAUGAACAAAUAAAUAUGUCGGUAAUUUUACUUUUUUUUUUUAAUGGCACAUUAAUUAGGUUAUUCUGUAAAAACAAAUAAAAAAAAAAUAGAAAAAAAACAGUAAUAAAAAAUUUCAUAUAAAACUUUUUAAAAUAAUUUUGUUUUGAAUUUUUAGAUCUGAACUAAAAUCUGAAUGUGAAAAACAACAGCGAUGUUUCUACAGACUGAAAUAAAAUCAGAAAUACACUGAUAUAAUAGAAAUAUUCAUAAAAACAGCAUUGAUCCAAUAUUGUUAACCAAAACGAUCAUGAUUAUAGGAGUACUUGUGACGACUCGUAAAAGAGGAGGAAGCAGAUGCAGGCAAUCAGAAAUGGUAUAUGAUGAUUAAUUAAUAGUUAUUAUGAUUGAAGAUGGUAGCAAAACUCAAUGAGUACGAUGAAAACUGAGUCCAGAAUGUAGGCAAUGGUGAUAGAAGGUCUAUGGUGGCGUGAGAAGUGCUGGAUGGUGAAGUCGGUGGUGAAUGUGAAGACGGUCAAUGGAUGAAACCAGAAACAGACCGGAACACUCACACGAAGACGACAACACAAACACAAUCCAGAACACGAACACAAUCCAGAACACGAACACAAUCCAGAACACGAACACAAUCCAGAACACGAACACAAUCCAGAACACGAACACAAUCCAGAACACGAACACAAUCCAGAACACGAACACAAUCCAGAACACGAACACGGGAGACGGUAAUCCAACUUGUGUAGCUGUAACAUGAAUGAGGAUCUGACAACAGACAGAGAGAUGAGUGAGUAUUAGUAGCUGAGUGGAGAUGAGGAUCAGCUGGAGCGAGACAAUUAACACCCAGGUGACAACAAUCAACCAAACGAGCACAUGGAGACUACGUGAGUACAAAUACAAACACAAAACAUGACACGGAGGAAACAAUGGAUUUCCUACCGUGACAGUAUUACUCAGUACAUCAGUAAAGUUUGAUUUGAAAUGUGACUCUUGCAGCUUUUUUGUAAUUACAGUAUGACAAUAAACAUGAUUUACUUGUUUUCAGAAACUGGUUUAUUUCCUGAACCACGUGAAGAUGAAUAUAAAUGGAAAAUCACAUAAACAGCUUCUAAUGUUUGACUGAGAA